AUGAAUUCAUUAUAUAAUCAUGGGAUUAAGCAAACCCAAUUGAUAACAAAGGAUUUGUCGUCUUUUGAAAAAAGUUUGUCCACCUCCCCACUAUCAUUACAAGGAUCCAUAACUACGUCAUUAACAGCAUUCAAGAAAACCAUAAGAGAGUAUAAUGAUUUAGUAGCACAGAAUAAAAAAGAUGAAAGUAACGCAAAGCAUGAGGCAAGAUUAGCAAAAUUCAAUCAAGACUUACAAGAUUUCACUUCUAAAUUCGACUCAUUAAAGAAGCAAAGAGAUCAGGCACUCCAAGAAACAAACAAACAAGAAUUAUUAGGACGUCGGCAUACUACUCAACGACAACAAUACGGUGAAAAUCCGUAUGACACCGGUCCAACUCAGCAACAACAGCAACAGCAAAUGUCUUACCAAGAAGGCUUAUAUAAGGAAAAAACAUCAUUGGCUAGGGGUACUCAGCAAUUGGAUCACAUUUUGGACAUGGGACAACAGGCAUUCGAAGAUAUCGUCGAACAGAAUGAAACAUUAAGAAGGCUUCAAAGUAAGUUUGAAGAUGGACUCGUAACAUUAGGUGUCAGUCAGGGAACUAUUCGUACUAUCGAAAAACGAGCUAAGCAAGACAAAUGGCUUUUCUGGGCCGCAUUUGUUUUCACGCUCGUAUGCUUCUGGUACAUCCUUAAAAUAUUUCGUUAG